AUGUUCACUCUUGAUCAAUUUCUUCAAAAUAAAACAUGGAAUCCGACAUUAGAGGAUGCUAAUGAAGCAGGUAAAAAGAUACUUCAUAUGCGUCUUCAAGCUAAACCUGGCACAACAGCUGAAAACUUGAAUAUUACACUUAGUGGACAUGAUUUACGUGUUAACUUCGAGAAUAAAGCCGGACCAGAAUACAAACAGGUAACAAUAUGGCCAACAGCUGAUCUAGAAAAACUUAAAACUGAACUAAGAGGAGAUGGAUUUCUUCAUAUCACAGUACCAAUAAAAGUUUGA